GCCGUGUAAGAUAAACGGACCAUGUGCUACAUGGAGCAACAAAUGCCAUAAACAAUCGAUGCAGCAGGAUGGUUAUGGCGGCAGACAAUUUGGAACGGGAAAAAGUACAUUACAACCACUUCAGAGGCCCCAUUCGUUAAUUAAAUCUUUGCUUUUCGAUUCUCUCCUCCAUCGAUCGGCUUCAAUUCAUCCUCUUUUCUCCAUUUCCAAUGGCACAUUUAUAAAUGCAAGCACUCUAUAUACCCAAAAGAAUAUGAUUCUACAAACAGUAGCGAAAGCUCUGCCUUCCAUCCUCCAGAGUUGAAUGUCGGUGGUUGUGCCAGUGUCGAAGCAGCCAAAAAUGAUGUUGCGGAGAUUUCUGUUCUCGGCGAUGGUUGUAACGGCCAUAGUUUCUGCCGGUAAUUUAUCCGCCGCCGCCGAGCACUGUGGUGGCCCUCGGCCGCGGCGGAUUCUGGUGGAUACGGACGUCAACACCGACGAUCUCUUCGCUCUCUUGUACCUCUUGAAGCUCAGCCGCUCUGAGUUCGACUUGCAGGCUAUAACCAUUAAUUCAAAUACAUGGACUAAUGCUGGGCAUGCUGUGAAUCAAAUUUAUGAUCUUCUUUACAUGAUGGACCGCGACGAUGUUGCUGUUGGAGUUGGCGGCGAGGGUGGCAUACUCGAAGAGGAAGAUGGUACCAUCCUACCAAAUGUUGGUGGAUAUCUCCCCAUAAUCGAACAGAGGAUUGGCACAGCUGGGUAUUGUAGAUAUAGACAAGCAAUUCCUGUUGGUCAAGGAGGAAGAUUGGAUCUUGAUACCAACUAUGGCUUUCGGAAGAGCUUCCUUCCGCAAGGAAACAGGCAAUAUACUCCACUCAGACAGCCUACUGCUCAACAAGUCAUGGUUGACAAAAUAUCAGCUGGUCCUACUACUGUUUUCAUUAUUGGAGCACAUACAAAUUUUGCCCUUUUCCUUAUGAAAAAUCCACAUCUAAGGAAAAAUGUUGAGCAUGUUUAUGUGAUGGGUGGUGGGGUGAGGUCUCAGAACCCGACUGGUUGCUGCCCCAAAAAUGGAAGCUCGCCUUGCCAGCCCCGUCAGUGCGGUGACCAUGGUAAUUUGUUCACAGACUACGCUAGCAAUCCUUACGCUGAGUUCAAUAUUUUUGGAGAUCCUUAUGCUGCAUACCAGGUAAUCCAUUCUGGAAUUCCUGUGACACUUGUUCCAUUAGAUGCAACAAACACCAUUCCCAUAAACGAGAAGUUCUUCGAGAUAUUUGAGAAGAACCAGGACUCCUAUGAGGCACAAUACAGCUUCAAGUCCUUGAAAAUGGCUCGUGAUACUUGGUUCGAUGAUCAGUUUUACACGAGUUAUUUUAUGUGGGAUUCGUUCGCAUUUGGCAUAGCUACUUCAAUCAUGAGUAAUUCAAGGGACCAUAGAGGGGAGAAUGAAUUUUCUGAAAUGGAGUUCAUGAAUAUAACUGUGGUUACUUCAAACCAACCAUACGGGGUAUCUGAUGGCUCAAAUCCAUUAUUUGAUGGCCGUAAAAAUCCCAAGUUCAACUUGAAUAAAGAUGGAGUUCACAGUGGUCAUGUUCAGACUCGAGUUCGAGACCCAUUCUGCCAUGUCGACAAUGGCAAAGGGAGAUGUAAGGAUGGUUAUACAAUGGAGGUGACUGGUCCAGAAGCAGUGCCUGUGCUUGUUGCUACAAGAGCGAAACCGAAUCGCAAUAGUGAUAGCCCUCUAGACAGAGAAUUUUAUGAGAGCUUCUUGAAUGUUCUAAACCGCCCUCAACACACUGCAAGGUUUAACUUGACAACCCAGUUUCCCUACUACAGAGAAGUUCUUUACAAACCGAAUUUUGGAGAGAAGAAGCUCGGGAAAAAUGUGCUGUUCGACAUGGACAUGAGUGCAGGAGAUUUUCUGGCACUGUUUUAUCUCCUUAAAUUACCCGUGGAAGUGAUCAACCUCAAGGCAAUAUUAGUGAGUCCAACUGGCUGGGCAAACGCGGCAACAAUAGAUGUUGUCUAUGAUUUACUGCAUAUGAUGGGCCGGGAUGAUAUUCCUGUUGGACUAGGAAAUUUAUUUGCAGUGAACCAGUCUGACUCUGUUUCCUCUUCUGUUGGAGACUGCAAGUAUUUGAAGGCUAUUCCAUAUGGCAGUGGCGGAUUUCUGGACUCGGACACACUCUACGGAUUAGCUCGUGAUUUGCCACGAAGUCCGCGAAGGUAUACUGCAGAGAACUCUGUAAAAUUUGGAGCUCCUAGGGAUACUGAUCACCCUGAAUUGAGACAAAUACUAGCACUGGAAGUUUGGGAGAAUAUAACAAAAUCACUUGAUUCAGGAUCCAAGAUUUCUAUAUUAACCAAUGGUCCCUUGACCAAUUUAGCAGACAUAAUUCUUUCCCACAAAAAUGCGAGCUCGAAAAUUCAGGAUGUUUUUGUAGUUGGGGGGCACAUUAGCAACAACAAAAAAGAAAAAGGAAAUGUUUUCACCGUCCCUUCAAAUGAAUAUGCAGAAUUCAACAUGUUUCUUGAUCCUUUGGCUGCUAAGACAGUAUUUGAUUCAGCACUCAACAUCACCCUCAUUCCACUGGGUGUUCAGAGAAAAGUUAGUGCAUUUCCCGAGAUUCUUGACAGGCUGAACCUGACAAAUAAGACAUCCGAAGCUUUGUUCACGAGGCGCUUAAUAUCAAGGCUACAUGCCUUGCGACAAAAGCAUCAUAGAUAUCAACACAUGGAUAUGUUUCUGGGGGAAGUGCUUGGUGCUCUAAUUAUGGGAGCUGAUCAUUCUGUUCUGAGUUCAGCAUUUGAAGGCAAAGCCAUAAAAGUGAUUGCAAUAGGGGUUGAAUCAGAAGAUGGCCAAAUGAAGAUUGAUGAAAAGAAAGGAAAACGAGUAAAAGUACUGGAGAGUGUGGAUUCCAUGGCAUGUUACAGGCUUUUUGCAAAUCGCCUUGGUGACUCGAAACAGUCUGCUGUGGUUGCAAGUUUUCAAGAGCAGACAAGAAUUUGGAGUAUGCCACCAAAAAGUAAAAGUGUAAGCACCCUCUGAUCAAGAAAUCAGUCACUCGUCAAGCCAGAAAGGUUUCCCUUUCCUCUUCUUAUAGGCAAAGCGGUUUACAUUUGUAUUCGUAACUCUCUUGAACUAUAAUUGCUAUUUAUCCAAAAUACAGUUACAUGUUACAAUUUUAAUGGACUACCUUAAUAGAUCAGAAGCAAUAUAAUGAGAUUGACAGGAUUUGAAAAGACAGCAUAAAAUCAUAUGUAUGAAUGAAUUAUUAGCUACACAUGAGGAAAU